UGGCGCACUGGCCACGUUUCCGGUGAUUUCGUAUGACGUCAUCCACAAGCUGGUGGCGGGAGAUUCACGCAUGGUCAUCUGUGAGCACUUCAGGACUCGCUUUUCGCUCGUUUACGUUACAGAUGGCACUGCAGCAAAACGGGACCGGGUCCGAACACAACGGAGAGACUUCAAGCCGUGACCCAUCGACGGAUGGAAACGGAGAAAUCCAGCAUGAACGGGCCGAGCGCUUCGCUUUCACCGCCGAGCCCACGCUGGAAGAUAUCCGCCGCAUGCAGGCGGAGUUCACGGACGAGAGGAACUGGAACCAGUACCACCAGCCGCGGAACCUGCUGCUGGCGCUGGUCGGGGAGGUCGGGGAGGCGGCGGAGCUCUUCCAGUGGCGCGGGGAGGUGGCGGAGGGUCUGCCGGACUGGAGCGAGCCGGAACGGGAGCACCUGGCCCAGGAACUCAGCAACGUGUUGAUCUACCUCGUUGAACUGGCUGAAAAGUGCCACGUUGAUCUACCGCAAGCUGUUCUCCGCAAAGUGGCCCUCAACCGACUCAAGUACCCAGCCAGCAAAGUUCACGGAUCCGCCAAGAAAUACACGGAAUACACGGACUGAUUCCAGCGAGCUGCCUUAAACUGUAAAAACCCAUUGUGCUCUUAACGUCGCUAUGGUUUUAUUUCAUUUUUGGUUUACGUCGAGCUUUUUAAAGUGUGUAGCCUAUGUAAGAAACCUGUUUGCACAUUUCCACUUCGUUUUAAAGUUCUCCUGAUGUUUAUUUUACCAAACAAAAGCUGCUCUGGACAAGUUUAAGUUGAUUUACUGUAACUUAGUGUUUUUGCUUCAUCGCAGUAAAGUGUUUUGCAGCUCA